AUUGUAUUUUGUUUUGACUUUGAAUGUAAAUGAGGUUGUUUUUAUAGUUUUUACUCUACAACAUUACAAAAGCUAACCUAAAUAAAUAUAAUAUAAGGCUAUUAGUUUAAGGAUAACAAUAUUAAAUAUUCCUACAAAAGCACUAAACACUGGAACAUUACUAUUUUUAUAACCUCAAAAAACUAUGGAGUUUCCAACACUCGGAGAACACUGCCAGCAUUCGGGCUGCAACCAGGUUGACUUUCUUCCCCUACAGUGCAAAUGUGCUAAAGUUUUCUGCCGCGUGCACUUUAAUGAGCAUUGCCACUCGGGCGUCUGCGAGUUGGCGCCAGAACCUAAGGAAGUAAACCUUAAAAAUGAUGACCAGAUCUUCAAAUGCUCAGACAAAGAAUGCAGAAAAGGAAAUCUACAUGAAAUGUUGUGUGAGAAGUGCAAGAAACAUUACUGCAUUGAACAUAGAUUCCAUCCCUCCUGUCCUGAAAUUGAUGAUGAAACAAUGGCUGCAAAAAUUGAACAACUAGCUGCUCCCAGGCGUCAGUUUCGGGAAGCAAACAAAUAUUUACAAGAAAAGAUAACUGAAAACAUAAGAAAAGCUCUCCAAUCGUCAGCAAAGGUAAAAACUGCAUCAAAGAUCCACUUAAUGAGGAUCAAACAGAAAGCAAAAGGGCCCAAAACUGUGCCAGCUACUGACAGAGUAUAUUUUGCCAUCGGCAAACCCAAAAGUACAGAUCCAAAAUCAGUCAAAAUAAUCCAAGAAGUCGGCAAUUUGGUGAAUAUGGACGCUAUCACGUUAGACCCAGAUUUGAAAGACUGCAUUCCAGUAUUUAUAAAUACGAAAUGGAGUUUGGGACGGGCUAUAGACAGUAUAUGUGAUACGUGCGGCAUAUCAAAUGAUAACAACAAAAUUGGUGACACUAAAUUAAGAUUGUUCAGACAGUUGGACGGUUAUUGCAUAAGUCCUGUGGUAAUGGAUGUGGAAAUCCAGCAGUUGAUGCAGAAAGAGGUUUUACUGGAGGGAGACAAAUUGGUUGUGGAAUAUGUGGACAGUUCUGUUUUAUGCUCAUUAGAUGAGAAUUCUCAAAUGUUCUUGAGUUGACGGUGAGUUAGAUCUAGUCAAAAUAAAUACUCCAUGUGACUUUGUCUAUUUUUUGUCUUUAUCUAUACUGCUAUGCUAAUAUUAUACAGGGAAAAGAUGUGUAUUUUUGUUUGUAAUGGACAUAAACUUAAAACUAGUUGAUUGGUUUGAUGAAAAGCACAAGAAAAGACUUUUAGGACAAGACCAUUAGCAGUAAUAAUAUCUUUUCCAUAUAUAUAAUUCAGAGUUGGUAUUGGUGUAGGUAGAUACAUUUGAUUAUUUUUUUGUGAAGCAAAGUUACUUCGUUUCUAUUGAACUUUUCUACAUCUGAUAUUAAUUUGUUUAUAGCCAUAUGAAGAUUAAAACAACAUAUUAAUAAAUAGUA